GAAAGGUCAUUCUGGAAAAUGGCCGCUUCGGGAGGAAAUAUAGAAUGGUCUACAACAGUUAAACCAAUAUUAACGGCGCUUUACGGCCCAUUUUUUGACAAAAAUGACGCUGUGGAAAUAAUACAAGCCAUCAUCAAAAGUGAAAGCGAGUUUCAAACCCAUGAUGAUGCGAAUGACCUAUUCUACACAUGCUUUGCAUGUCUCUCAGCACACUUUAUCAGCAUCAAUGCAAAUAAUUUGCCAGCUGACCAGCUCAGCACAGCUCGCGAUGCAUUCAGAAUUAUACUCGGACAAAUUCUUAAGAAGCUCUCCGAAGCUGGAUUGAGCUAUGACGACUCAACAAACACUACUGCUCCAAAUGUUUCUGUUAAGCAGCUGCUCCUCCCAAUUGUGGGCUUAUGCGGCAUUGACGGUGGAGGCCUUCCACAAUCUGACCUAGUUAUAUUGACAUCACUACUUAAAAGUGCGAAGUUGCCUGCACAUGUUAAUGCAUCUGAAACCCAGGCAUCAAAAUCCUCGGUCAUACCAAGCCCCAUAACAUCGCUGGCAUCUCAAACAACUACCACGGAGAAACAAGCACCAUCUAAUGCCCAGCGUAGAUCAGACGCGUUACUUGAACAAUUGACAAUGCCCCUGAGGAAUCCCGUGUCCUCAACGACUCAGGCUCAGCCCGUACCAGGGGUCAUGACUCCCGGAAGCAAAGAUAGUAUGGAAAGCGCUAAGGAAGGGAAUGGCUCUCAACAGGCUUCCAUAGACAUGAAGAAGUGGGUGGCAUCUACGUGUGCCUCAUUACUGAUGGAGCUAAGAGCAGGCUCCGUGGUGCUCAAAGUGUGCUCAUCCCUGCCCUGCCUGCAGAGAUACCUCAGCCGCUGGCAGAACGCCAAGGAGAGCGCCAUCGCGCCACAGUUCAACUCUGAUGUCACACUCCUUCAUUUUCUGGUGAAUGAAGUGCACGUAUGUCGGCUCGCGCUGUCGCUGCCCUGCCUCGAGCCCUUCACGCCGGAGCGCAUCGCCGCGCUCAGCGACGUCGCCACCGCUUGGCUUCUGUGCUGUGCUACAGCUCAGGCUUCACUCCACCCGAAGGACGAGGAGAGUGAGCAACAGACGGCGACAUUAGUGGAAAGUGCACUCAGUCUGUACAACACUGUUGGAGAGACAUUCAAACAGUCUACGCGCGCAGGUGGCUACGUGUAUCAAAAUCACCUGAUGAUCGGCGCCUGGGUGCUGCUAUGUGGGCUGCACCACGCACUGGCAGGCGCGCCCGGCGCUGCCGCUCCGCACAGUCCCGCCAAGCCGCCCUCCCGACCCUACAACCUCACCAAGAUGCAGCAAGGCCUAAGUGUCGUAUGGGUAGCUCUCGGCGGCCGCUGCCUCGCAUGGACGGGCGCGUUGCUCUCGGACGCUCGCAUGGAAGCGCUGAGCACGUCCAACAUUACAACACCAUCAUCUGCUAUCCCCGCUCCGCUACAAAUUCUGGCGCACCAUACCGCACACCAGAGGGAACUACGACUCGCCUCCGCUGCGCCUUUGCAUCAGUUGCUGGUGGCGCUGGGCGUGGUGUGCUACCGCAAGGCGACGCACCUGAAGCGCGCGGUGCAGAAGCAGCACCCGGACGCCGACCCCGACCGCUCCGACAACACUGUUUACUUCCAGGACAUGAUCCUCUGCUCCGAGGACUCUGAGACUGAUGACGAAGACAGCGAGCCAUUGUUUGGCUUGUGGUUCGAAUCGACGCUAGUCGCCCCCGACGCUCUUGACAGCGGCUUGACGCGGGCGGGAGUUAACGACAACAAUGACGCAAAUGACGCCAACGCACGACCCAAUCAAGCCAUCGUGCCGGACAAAGCUGAACCGUAUUCUUACAUAACAUUAGCAACGGAGGUGUUCAACCUAUUGACGGAGGAAAUAAUCAGCGAGGACUCGGAGAGGCUCGGGCCCUCCGCGCUGCAACUGCACGAAGCACACACGGCGUUGCUCGCCGCACUCGCCAAGGACUUGGAUAGAGAGACUGCUAGGACUGACACUGGUACAAUCUCCUCGUGUUUUGGAGCUCGGCUGGGUGCUUUGUACGCAUCGUUCAGUUCAGCCCUGGUGCGGUACUUGCACAACCUGAGCGGCGCGCCCGCCUUUGCGUCGUUACAGCCUGCCUUACAACAACAGUUGCUCGCUAGCGGCUCCGAAAGGAACAAUACCUCAACUUACUCCUCACCGUUACAGGUUGGGCCCCGCGUAGUGAAACUCCUCGGCAGCAUGGUCCUCAGCAAGGCCCCAGCGGACCGCGAGAAUAGUAUACUAGUGAUGUGGCAUAAAAUUAUCAACACGCUGCAAGAGUGCGCGCUGCAGAGUGUGCCCAGCCAAGAUCAUGACUAUGAAGAUUUGAACGUGGAACAUGCGCAACUCCUUGUGUAUUUGUUCCAUUCUUUGACUUUGAUGCAGAAGAAAUCUGUAUUACUCCUGACUGCAAAUGCUAUCAUUAAAGUAGUGGACACUCUCGGAAUGACGGACAGGAAGCGCGCGAUGAACCUGCUGCCGCACCAGCUGAUGCUGACCACUCGACUGAUGCUCCUACUGGAGUAUCUCAUGAAGCACCUCUACGACGCUCCGCAAACUUUGUUACAACAGAUUGAAUGGAAUCUGGUAAUAGCCCCGGGCUUGGCGCAGCCCCCGCCUGAUCCAAGUAGCACGGGUGUGAAAACUACCACGGACAACGGGCAGCUCAAGUCGCGCAUCUAUUGCGAGGUGCCGACCAUAGAAGCGUCGUACAGGCGACUGUCACAAGACGAGACGUCAAUGAGACCCAAGUUCUACGCGCUAACUAACGCCGAGGUUAACAAUCAGGAGAAUCCAAAACUCGACGGUCUGGCGUGUAACUUCGUACUUGGCACUCCUCACAAGCUGAAGUACCCGUUACUACUGGACGCGCUGCUCUCGCUGCUCAACUCCGCGUGUGUGUGCGACAACACUCAGUACUCCUCGUCCGCCGCCGCGCUCUCGGCUGCGCACUACUGCUUCCAGACUGCUUGGCGGUUGGUGAUAAGCAUGCCGCCCGCAACUCCGCACAUGGACAAGUUACAGGCGGGCAUAGCGGCCGACCUCCCGUCGCCUUUGCCGCUACACGCCCUCAUAUGGGCGCCGCGUGCCGACAAUAAGAAAGUUUUCAACCCGUGGCUUAAGGAUGCGCUGGUCAAGCAGGGAAUGUAUACGCAGUAUGCUGAAAACCUCCUAGCCGGUGUGAGCGCGUCUUGCGAUAAUAUCAAGUACACAGCGUGGCUUGCUUCCGAGACUAUCAAACAUCUGAAACAAAACAUGAACCCAAACCGUCUACCUUCACUCAUUGACGUAAUAUCGUGUGAUUCGGCGUUGGUGAGAUUGAAACUGUGUCUCAGCGACUCUUCGACUGCCUCAGAGGCACAUCAAUUUAUGCCCGAUUUACUGGAAUUGCUUGAGACUAUUCUGGACUGUUGCCGUCUAAGCGCCAGUAUGGAGCUAGAUAUGGAGGGUGCAGCGAGCACGUCCGACAGCAUCGUAGCGACGGUACAGUUGCAAGUGUGCUCCACUAUGGGGCCGGUGCUGGCCGUGAGUUCCGAGGACGCGCCUCCUGUACUGGGCACUUGGCUGAAGGCGGAGCUGCCCGACAACGUAGCCACAGUCAUCUCUGUCUUCUCGCCCCCACCGCUCGCGUGUAUUGACCAGUCGUUAUGCGCCAACCACAUUAUACCAUCAGAGAGUGUAGUCCUGAGCCUCAUAAACUCUCAUACCGAACUCAUAAGCACCAUGCGUCGAUACUGCAUCGGACCAUCCCUCAUGAUGCUCGCCUACUCUGCCUCCAAACUUCUGGAAGUUGGAUCUAGCAAAUUGGCGGACAGCCCAACUCUCACAAAAAGAACCUUGGAUUUAAUCGUACCAGCUUUGACGGAUGGUCGUCUAGAAUUCCUCGUGGACCCACUGAGCGACACGAUCGCCGCGCUAGUGCCGCAGUCGAACAAAGCGGAGCAGCUCAUACACGAGCACAUAUUGAAGACUACGUACACUGUACUCAUUGACCACCUGCAGCCGUCCACGCAGAGGAUUCUACGGCAAAUGGUGAAAUACUGGGAGAAAAUAUUGGAUCGCCCAGCAGGACGUCUUGCGUAUGAAACUGUGUUCGCUGACAACUCUGGAUACGCACUCGGAAAGAUACUACUCUCUGCCCCCAACGCGAGGAGUCCUUAUGCAGAGAGAGUUAUCAAGCUCUUCAUCAAGAUUUUCACUGGCUGUGAAAACUCGGAGCUGAACAGCGCUCUCUGCGUGUCCGUUUGCAAGUUCAUCGGAGUGGCGGAUCAACAAAAGCUGCGCAAUCUGCUUGCUCACAUUUGCUUGGUUACCCCGGCCACAUCUACAAACGGCAACGUGGCAACCGCCAACGCUUCCCCGACCGAAGCUGAGCUACCAACACCAACGUCGUCCGCCCCAGAGGCCGGGGGCAACCCUGCGUCUCUUGCGCUGAGAAACGCACUGCGGUCCGUCUUCCGCACCGACGGUGAGCCGCGGAACGACAACGCGAACCGCGGCGAGCAGGACCUGCCCGUGUUUGACACACCAUCACCAGCACCCAGAGCUCAGUCCGAAAAUGCGCAACAAUCAGCUAAUUCAAGUAGAGAAACAUGCAGCUGGUCCGAUGUCAGCAAGGAAAGCGGUGCCGCGCCGCCCGCCGCGGUCGACAACGCGAAUACAGCGGCCAGCGCUAGCAACGACAAUGCAAACUUGCUGACUUUGCUCUGCAAGCAUAUUGUACAACAUGGAGGAGAAAAGGUGUGCGAGCGUAUGGUGGGCGCACUGAUCAGUGUGAGCGGAGACACUUGCACGCCGCUGCUGCUGCGCGAGCUGUGUCGCCUGGCCGACGCUAAUGCGGGCUCGGAUCACCGCCAUCUCUUCCCUGCCGCUCUCACCUGGCUGUCCACAUGCGUGGAGAACUUGAGCAGUGCUGACGUUUUGGAAAAGCUAGAAGAAGGACAGUUGGAUAACAACCUCACAUCACAAAUCGAGUCGGCAUGCGUCCUGCUCUCCUAUUUAGCUGAUGCCUUGCACGCUAUUGGCACUGCGCAACCACACACUUGGCGGUCGGUGAGCCCAACUUGGGAGUCGCCGUCAGAUCUAGGGUUCGAUUUCGAAUAUACAGAUGAACAACAAGACGAUGACGAUACAAGCGCUGAUGAUUCUGAUGAGGAUGCGAUGCUUCAAUACAGACUAUGCACAUUCACGGUGACGCAGCGUGAGUUCAUGAACCAGCACUGGUACCACUGCCACACGUGCAAGAUGGUGGACGGUGUGGGCGUGUGCACGGUGUGUGCACGCGUGUGCCAUCGCGGACACGACGUCUCCUACGCCAAGUUCGGCAAUUUCUUCUGCGACUGUGGCGCCAAGCCUGAUUCCAGUUGUCAAGCGCUAGUAAAGCGCUCAGUGACGCUGGGCGGCGCGCGUGCUACGGGCGGGUCGGAGGAAACUCCUCCCGCGCCCUCUAUCCGCCGCCGACCGUCGAGCCCUACCCCGCCUGCCCUACUCGCACCACCGCGCCGACCUGUAUUGGCGCAUAAUAUUCAAGGAUGCCGCUCAUUCUUGCUGUCCUACAACAACUGGGGUCCGUGCCUUGAGCGCGUCAGACGCUUGCUAGCGGCUUUAGCGGGUCCGGUGCGUGCGGCGUGCGAACGCGGCGCGGCCGUGGGAGCUCACGGGCGAGCUCAACGAGCGCUCGCGCAAUUACAUCUCGGCGAGAAGCGUUUUACACACACUGAUUCGCUUAUGUUGCCUACUCUUGGUUCACAAGAAGGCGCAUUCGAGAACGUACGCAUGUCGUACACAGGCGAGAACGGACAGACGAUCCGACAGCUGAUGUCCUCGCACAAGCUGCGACGCGUUGCUAUGUGCUGUCUCGCCUCGCCGCAAGGACGGAGACAACACCUCGCUGUAUCACAUGAAAAAGGAAAAAUCACAGUACUACAGCUAUCGGCCUUACUCAAGCAAGCAGAUUCGUCUAAACACAAGUUGACGCUAACGCGACUGUCCUCUGCCCCCAUUCCAUUCACUGUAUUGAGUCUCAGCGGGAACCCUUGGAACGAAGACCUGCUAGCCGUAUGCGGCUUGAAAGAAUGCCAUGUGCUUACAUUCAACAGCGGCGGUGCCGUAGCCGACCACCUCGUACUAAACGCGGCUUUGGAAGCAAACAACUACGUGAUCAAAGCGAUAUGGCUGCCGGGCUCACAGACGCAGCUCGCGCUCGUGACGUCAGACUUUGUCAAGAUAUUCGACCUCAGCAAGGAUCUCAACAACCCCAUGCAUUACUUCCUCGUGCCCAGCGGAAAGGUCCGAGAUGUAACAUUCGUGAAUCAAGAAGACGUAAUGCACAUGCUGUGCAUGAGUUCCGCGGGCCACAUAUACUGGCAGCCGAUGACCGAAGAGUCCCGAGCUACCUUGGGCACCUUCUACGUGACGAACACGCUUGAGGUGUUACACCCUGAAAUACAGGACGUUGCUGGUUUAGUCGGCAGCGGUGGCGUGUCAAUCUACUACUCACAUACACUGAAAAUGCUAUUCUUCUCGUACGCUCAAGGGAAGAGCUUCCUCGCCCCACUCAACACCGUAGAAGAUAGUGUGAAAGGCACUGCGAUGAUAACCCUAUCAUCGACCGCCGCGCAGAAGGAGGGCGGGCGCGGCAAGCAAGGCGUGCAGUCGCUGUGCCAGUGGGCCGAGGUGCCCGGCCACCCUGGCCUCGUGACCGCCGUCAUGCAGGCCUCCAACAACCCGGUCGUGCUCAUGCUCACGCCCAACAACAUUCACGUGCAGGAGAUCAAGGUGGUGCCAGCUAAAGCAAAGAUAACAGACAUGGUCGCCGUCCGCCACUGGUGCGGAGGCGGCGGCGAACAGAAGAGCACGCUCAUUCUGCUCUGCGAGGACGGAAGCUUGAGGAUGUACGCAGCCAGUCCCGAGCAAACUGGCUAUUGGCUCUCGCCGGCCAUACAACCGGUGCACGCGCCUAGACGUAGACCGAGGCUUCUAACCCAUCACUCCAAAGGAAAAGCGCAACAGGUGGCCGUAAUAAAAUCAACGAAUGGAACCCCACAGUUCCCUAUCGACUUUUUCGAGCAUUGUGUCGCCAUGAGCGAUAUAGAAUUCGGCGGCAACGAUCUCCUUCAAGUCUACAACACGGCGCAGAUCAAACACAGACUCAAUACUACCGGAUUAUACGUAGUAUCCACAAAGAUGAGCGGAUUUUCAAUGGAGAUCUCAAAUUCUGAUCCAAAUAUGGUGAUAUGCGGCAUACGGAUAUUGCUCGGUAGUCAGGACAUUGCUAGGACACCUGCUUAUGUAGAGAUAUAUGGAAGAACAAUUCAAACGAUAGUGGUCAGAAAUCGUUGGUUCGACAUACCGCUCACGCGAGAAGAAUCGCUGCAAUCGGAUAAGAAGCUCGUCAUUAAUUUUGGGCCUUCGCAAGACCCCGAUGGAGUUACUAUGGUUGAUUCUGUAAAAGUAUACGGCAAGAACAAAGAACAGUUUGGAUGGCCGGAAGAAAAUGAAGAUCCAUCAGCUUGCGCAUCUUCUAGCAAGGUAGCACAGGAGUCAGAUAGCAGCAGUGGUGCUUGGAAACCAAGCUCCCUGGAACGUCUAGCGUGCUCCGCUUUAGAAGCUCUAGAGCUCGGCGCCAACGCUCCGUCGAACACGGGCGCAGCCGCGGGUGCCGAGGCGGGGACUGAGGCCGCACGCAAACUGUUGUGUGCGCCUGCUUCUGCGCACUUGCACGCACGGGCUCAAUGUCUACUGCGUGCGGUGUACCAGACUCAGUACCAUCAGUUUAAGGAUCAAGCAAUCUUAAAAUACGUAUGCACAUCGCUCCGGGAGCUGCGCGACACGGCAGAUGCCCGCAACAUCGACCCCGAAGCGUACUUCCGUCUGGUGCUGCUAGCGCGCGGCGUUGCGGUGGCGCGCCCACAGCAUCUUGUCAAGUUCAGCGCAACCACGCCCUCCAAACCAGCCAGUGGUGACUGGUCUGUACUCUGGAAAGGAGACAACCAAGACGAGCCCGACAAGGAACCUCACUUAUGUGCGCUUCUGGUCAGCGUUCUAUGGAAGCUGGCAGCCUGCCGCAACCAAACGGCCGGGCCUCCUGGAAUAUUGUCAUACGGUCUGCGGCACGUGGAACACACUUUACACGCACUAGCUGACACCAUACAUGCGUUCCAACUGAAUUCCGACUCUGACUGCAUCGACUUUGGCAAUCAAAUCUACCUAUCGCUGCUGUUAGCCGAAGAUCAGAGUAUUAGCUUUGGUGCCAAGACAGCGUUGAUGAGAGUCUUACGUCCGAGAGUCAAAAGGCGACGUGUGUACAUACCUUCACCCCCGAACACUCCAGGUGCUGCGUCGUCAGUUACAACUGCACAGCCGACAAGUUCAAUCACAGAGGCCGCCGUUUCGGAAUCGGAUCUAAGCGCCAAUCGCGACGAGCAACAAGAAAACCAAUAUAUGGAUGUUGAUGAGUCUCUUGAGCCUAUGGUUCUUUUGGCACCUGAUGGAGGUCUCGAAGCUCUCCUAGACAUACCAGCAGACGCAGACGACGAAACAAUGGUGGAAUUAGCAAUAGCGCUAUCUCUUCAAGAGCAGGGCAGACGCGCACCACACGCGCCUGCGCCCGCUCCGCCCGCGCAACCCUCUCAGCCGACGCAAGCGCCCGCACACUCUUCACACUCCGCGCCUGCGUACAGCGAUGCUACUGCAUCUCCUAAUGGAUCUGACGACGAAGGCAGCACUGCAGCAACAGACGGGAGCACUCUACGCACGUCGCCGGCCGAGGCGGGAGGCUCCGCCGCGUCCGACAGCGGCGGAUCAGCCGCGGAAAGCAUUGGAGGAGUUUCUGGACGAAGCAGUGCUUACGGCGAGAUGUCAGCGCCAACCGGCACUUCCUGCACCACUGCCAUGGAAGUAACAUCUGCUGUCGCAGGUCCAUCAGGUUCGUCCCAGCCAGUGGCAUCGACAUCCCGCACAGUUGAAGUAGAAAAUGAGGCACGCAAACUGCACGCGCUGCGGCUGACCUUGCUGUCGGCAGCUCUCGACGCGUUGCCGACCCUCAGGACUUUACCUGGUGUACGGGCUAUACCGUUUGUACAGGUGGUACUAAUGCUUGCCGGUGACUUGGACUCGAAUGUUGAAGGCGACCGCGCGGUCCUCGAGCGUCUCCUCGAAGUGCUAGUAGCAGAAUUGGAUAUUCAGCCCGAGGAGGGCACGAGUGGCGAGAGUGCGGAGCGACAGUUGCAGUUAGCGAUCAUGAGGCUCGAACAUUUGGCCUCUGAACUAGAUGUUUAUGAGCGAACUAAUAGGAGGGAAUUGCAGCUGGUUAUCAUGCGCCUUCUCAGUGUACUAAUGGCCCGAUGGAAGACGUGCGGCGCGGGCGCGGGCAGCUCGGGCAACGCGGUGGCGCGCGGCGAGGCGACGGGUGCCGCGUGCGCCGCGCACGUGUCGCGCCUGGCCGCGGCCGCGCUUGUGCGCGCCGGCGCGCCCAAGCACUGCUACAACGUGCUGGCUGCCCUACUGCCCUACUGGAAGGAGAAGACUGCCAGCACUGGCACCACUACAACAGCACAGCAACUACUGAAACCGCAGCCGCCUCAGCCUCUGCCAGACAUGCAACCGUUCUUUGUUAAAGAAUAUGUUAAAAGUCAUGCUCUGGACGUGUUCGACAACUACCCUCAACUGGUGAUGGAGAUGGCGCUCCGCCUGCCCUGCCAGAUCCACAAGCACUGCGACCCCAAACACUUCGACGCGCGCUGGCGGACCCUGCUCUGCGAGUAUAUGAUGAACCAGCAGACGCCGCUCAGGAAACAAGUGCGCAAGCUGCUAUUGCUGUUGUGCGGCACGCGCGAACGUUACCGCCAGCUGCGGGACGUGCAUGCGUUGGACACGCAUCUGAACGCCGCACGCGCGUUGCUCGGCACGGAUCCCGCUUACGACAAGCUUGUGCGCCUUAUGGACCAUUUGAAGGCGUGUGCGGAAAUCGUAUCGGCGCGUACAGGCAACUGGCAGCACACAUGCUGCUCGGAGCGGCGCGAAACCCUCGGCUGGCUGGUGAAGUCUGCCCGCCGAUUGCACCCGCACGUGGCGCCCACCGUGCUGCAGCUGCUGCAAGCUGCGCUGUGCGCCCCCUCGCCCACCCCUCCUGCGCCCGCGCCAGCGUCUGCCGCCCCCGCAGCGCCCGCGGCGCAACGACCAGCUGUACAGGAUAAGACUUCUUCGGAGUGGCCGGAGCGUGAGCGUAGCGCUGAAAGCGACGCCUUCGUAUCAGACGGCUCCAAGUUCCAAGAACAGAGAGUGCCGCAACUUGUACAGCAAAUACUUAAACAGGUCUCCCAGGAAGAACUGAAUUUGUUCGUAAAAGCGUUCUUGCUUGAAACCAAUUCGACAGCAGUUCGUUGGCAAGCGCACGCUUUACUUCUCGCUAUCUACAACAACUGUUCGCAAGCUGAGCAAGCUUCCCUGGUAUCGCUUUUGUGGGGACUGUGGCCCACAUUGCCGCAGUAUGGACGCAAGGCUGCUCAGUUUGUAGACCUGCUAGGAUACUUCACCCUUAAGACGCCUAACAUCGAUACAGAGAACUACAUCGGCAGCGCGGUAGAACUCCUACGCAAUCAGAACCAGCUGCUGUCGUCGCACGGCAACGCCGCCCUGUACGCCGCCCUGGGCGCGUACGUGGAGCUGGACGGCUACUACCUGGAGUCCGACCCGUGCCUCGUGUGCAACAACCCCGAGGUGCCCAUGGCGACUAUCAAGCUGCCAACUAUCAAGAUCGACUCGAAGUUCACGACGACCACUCAGAUCGUGAAGCUGGUGAACAGCCACAUGAUCAGUCGCAUCAGUCUGCGCAUCGGGGACAUUAAGCGGAGCAAGAUGGUGCGCACCAUCAACUUCUACUACAACAACAGAACCGUGCAAGCUGUUCAAGAGCUUAAGAACAAACCGGGCAUGUGGCACAAAGCUAAGCGCGUCCAACUACAGUCGGGACAGUCUGAAGUACGCGUUGACUUCCCGCUGCCGAUCGUCGCCUGUAACCUCAUGAUGGAGUAUGCCGACUUCUAUGAAAAUCAACAAGCUACAGGAGAAUCUCUGCAGUGCCCGCGUUGCUCUCAAUCGGUACCGGCGAAUCCCGGUGUUUGCGCCAACUGUGGUGAAAACGUGUUCCAGUGUCACAAGUGUCGGGCUAUAAACUACGAUGAAAAAGAUCCCUUCCUAUGUCACGCGUGUGGUUUCUGCAAGUACGCCAAGUUCGACUACACGUUAACGGCUCGGCCGUGCUGCGCCGUCGACACCAUCGAGAACGAUGAAGAGCGCAAGAAGAUGGUGCAAACUAUCGGUGCGCUGCUCGAUAAGGCUGAUCGCGUCUACAGGCAACUUAUUGCUAAUAAGCCUGUGUUGGAGUCGUUAGUGCACAAGAUUAGUGAACACCGUGUGGAAGGCCGUCCUGACGAGAACAGCAACGGAGCGGGCGGAGCGUUCGGCGGCGCGCAGAUCAACCGCGUCAUACAAACGCUCGCCCAUAAGUACUGCGUGGAAAGCAAAGGCCACUUCGAGGACUUGUCCAAGAUCAUACAGAAGGUUUUGGCUUGCAGGAAAGAAUUAGUGGCCUACGACAGGUCACAGAGCGAACAACUCAAAGGAGAUACUUUACCUGUGUAUGCUGGACUGUUGCAGAACUAUGAUGGCGACGUUACUAAAGAGAGUGGCGGGGCGUGCUAUGGUUGCUCGCUGGCGUGCGCGGAGCAAUGCCUUACGUUGCUGCGCGCGCUGGCGUCGCAGCGUGAGCACCGCGCGCGCCUGUGUCGCUUCGGCCUCGUGCACGAACUUGUACACCAUAACUUACAUCGCGGCACCCCACAGUGUCAAGAAGAAGUCCGCUCUCUAAUCUGUUUGGUGACUCGUGACAACCUGCCCGAGACGGAACAUUUAUGCAACCUGCUGUCACAGAGGAUUACUCUAUCGCUUAUGGGCCAUGCGGCGUCGCAGGACCAUAAUAAUUCUGUACGACCUUUAGUACUGCUGCUAGGUUCGCUCGUUAAAGUUCAAGAUUCUAUCGAGUGUUGGGAAGUUCGUCUACGUUGUACUGUGAAGUUGUGGGUGUGGUGCUGCCCUCAACUGACGGAAGUGGUGGGCAUACCGCCCGCAGCUCUAGCCAUUCUUAAACCGGAAGCUUUAGCCGGCAUUCCUGGCAUCAAUACUUCUUCACCGAAUUCGCAUCAGUUCGCGCUGCAACAAGUGGCGCUGCCGUGCCUGCGCUAUAUGCAGGAGCUGAUGGCGCCCGAUGCUGCCGACGAGCCCGAGGCGCCCGCGCCCGACCCCGUGCCCUAUCCCGCUGCUGAAGAACAGCCCAAGGAUGCUAAGCAGGAAACUCCACCGCCGACCCCACCCGCACCAACAGUCCUGCAGUCAACCACGGGUAACAUGGUGGUGGACUUGUCGGCCUGGCUCGCGGGCAAGGUGCCACACAAGCAGUGGAGGAAGCUCGUCUCCAAGAGUGAGAUACCACCAGCCGAUACCACUCUGCCACCACGCGACUUACAUCUCGCACAUAAAUACCUCGGGAAAUGGAAGGAAAAGAUGCUUCUCUCAAACGGCAUGCGUCUUCUAGCGUUGGACGAAGGCGGAUGGCUUCGACCCGUUAUGUUCGAUCCAAGCUCGCGUAUCGCGCGCCACACUGCUUGCCAGAUGGUCAAGUCUCUGUGUGACUCCUACGAGAGAACUAAGGCGGUCCUGAUACUAUUGACGAGCUUCUUACCAGAAGUUGGAGCCGCGGGAGAAGCAAGCGAACAGUUCCUCGAAUUAUACGAACGGCUAGCGUCAAAAGCACCAUGGAAACAAUUCCUAGCGUUGCGUGGAGUUCUCCAGCAAAUAGCCGAUCUGAUGACCAAGGAAAUCGAUCAACUACACCAUCUCGAGGAAACCACGCUUACGUCGGACUUGGCUCAAGGCUACGCUAUGAAGCGUCUCACAGAGCUACUGGCGAUGUUCCUUGAAGACGUGCCGGGUGCACGUCGCGCGUACAAGGGACGACUUGUAGGUGCCGUACUGGGGGGAUACUUAUCGCUGAGGAGACUCGUCGUGCAACGCACACGCCUCACUGACGACACGCAGGAGAAGCUGCUAGAGUUACUUGAGGAAAUGACUACUGGCACGGAAACCGAGACUGCCGAAUUCAUGGCGGUAUGCAUCGAAACUGUCCAGAAGUACCCACUACACGACUACCGCACGCCCGUGUUUAUCUUUGAGCGGCUAUGUUCCAUCAUCUAUCCCGAGGAAAACGACGUUGGCGAGUUCUUCCUCACGCUCGAAAAAGAUCCGCAGCAGGAAGACUUCUUACAGGGUCGUAUGUUGGGCAACCCGUACUCGUCACUGGAACCGGGCAUGGGCCCGUUGAUGCGUGACGUGAAGAACAAGAUCUGCACGGACUGCGAGCUGGUCGCCUUGCUCGAGGACGAUAACGGCAUGGAACUGCUCGUGUGCAACAAGAUCAUGUCCCUCGAUCUGCCCGUCAAGGAUGUUUAUAAGAAGGUUUGGUGCACAUCCGGAGAGGGCGUGGACGCAAUGCGUGUGGUGUAUCGCAUGCGCGGUCUGUUGGGAGACGCUACCGAAGAGUUCGUGGAGACGCUCAGCCAGACCAAUGCGGAGGCUGUCGACGACGAGCAAGUCUAUCGUAUGGCUAAUGUGCUUGCUGAUUGCGGUGGCCUGGAAGUAAUGUUGCAACGCCUAGCAGCGAUUGGCAGAGUGGGAUGCGCGCGUGCGCUAGCGGGCACGUUGUUACGGUUACUAUCGCUCUGCGCACGCGUUCGUCGCUGCGUACGCGUGCUGACUCAACCGUCUGCGCGUGCUCUGCCCGUGCUCUUACACGCGUUGAGCUUGGCCGCCGCAGACGAGAAGGAAAUGCAGCGUGCACCGCUCGUUUACCAAUUGCUUGAGAUAAUGGAAAGGAUCCUCUCUGUAGCUUCGAGCGAAAGCCUGGAAUCGUUCCUUCAAUUCUCACUGACCUUUGGUGGACCGGAACAUGUGCAAGCGCUUCUCAAUUGUACUGAAUGCCCAGGUAUCCGAAACAACUCGGUUGCCCUCGGACAUCUCACCCGCGUAUUAGCCGCUUUAGUAUACGGCAAUGAUCUCAAGAUGGCGAUGCUGGUAGACCACUUCAAGCCGGUGCUGGACUUCGACCGCCUGGACUCGGAACAGUGGACCGAGGAGGAGUUCCGUAUGGAACUGUUCUGCGUGCUUUGUGCUAACAUCGAGAGGAACUCUAUUGGAGGCACGCUGAAAGACUAUUUGAUCUCACUUGGAGUGGUUCGGGACGCAUUGGAAUAUAUUGUGAAACACGCACCGUGCGUCAAACCGACGUUAGUGUGUACAGAUUCGGACGAGCUCAAGGAGUUCAUCAGCCGCCCUGCUCUCAAGUACAUUCUUCGCUUCCUCACUGGUUUGGCUGCCGACCACGAGCCUACUCAGAUGCUAGUCUGUGAGAAGGUGAUUCCGAUCGUGCAUCGUUUGGAGCAAGUAUCGUCGGGCGAGCACGUCGGAUCGCUGGCGGAGAACUUGCUGGAAGCGUUGAGGUCUCAGCCGCAGUGCGCCGCCAAAGUGCAGCAAGUGCGGGACUUCACCAGACAGGAAAAGAAACGCUUAGCCAUGGCGGUGCGCGAGCGGCAACUGGGCGCGCUGGGCAUGCGCAGCAACGAGCGCGGGCAGGUGACGGCGCAGUGCUCGCUCACGCAGCAGGUCGCCGACCUGGCGGAGGAGGCCGGCGCCGUGUGCUGCAUCUGCCGCGAGGGGUACAAAUACCAGCCUACGAAGGUUCUCGGCAUCUACACAUUCACGAAGCGCUGCCCGGUGGAGGAGUUCGAGGUGCGCGCGCGCAAGACGCUCGGCUACACCACCGUGUCGCACUACAACAUCGUGCACGUCGAGUGCCACAUGGCCGCCGUCAGGCUCGCCAGGGCGAGAGACGAAUGGGAGAGUGCAGCUCUCCAAAACGCAUCGACGCGGUGCAAUGGGCUGCUACCGUUGUGGGGCCCGCACGUACCGGAAUCCGCGUUCGCAUCAUGCCUCGCACGCCAUACUACUUAUUUGCAGGAGUGCACCGGGCACCGCGACAUCGGCCACUCGUGCACGGUGCACGACCUGAAGCUGCUGCUGCUGCGGUUCGCGCGCGAGCGCACCUUCCACGACGACACCGGCGGCGGCGGCCCGCUCUCCAACAUGCAGCUGGUCCCCGCGCUCGCGCACAUGGCCUUAUACGUUAUCAACACGACGCGCGUGGCGGCCCGUGAAGUGACCGCGCUAGAAGCCAGCCUUGCGUGGGCGCCGCCGCGGGUGCUGGAGUCUGCGCACGACGCCGAGGGACCGCUGUACUUCCUCACGCUGAUGCUGCUGCUCUAUCCGCCGGCCAAAUGGCGUACUGUUCGCAAGGACGCGUUGGAACGUAUGCUCAUAAUCGCGCACGUACGCGCAGUGGCGCCCGCGGGGCCCGCCAUCCGCGCGCUGCCCGACGAGCACCGCGCGCCGCGCCCCUGGUCCGACUACAAGCCCUAUGCGGUGUUUGUGGCCCUUAUAGACCAGCUGUACUCCGUCAUGUUCAAGAACGUAGUCGCAACGCAGACGGCACAAAUAACCGUAGAGCAAUGGCCGAUCAAGCUGGCCGGGUACAUUCGCUACAACGACGAAGCGAAUGCGAAAGCCGCCGAGCGUAUCGUCGUCACUCUGUUCGAAGAACUGCUCCCGUGCACUUCGUUCGCCGAAUUCUGCGACGCCGCAGGCUUCGACGAGAUCCGCGAGCCGGACGCCUUCCUUCAGAGCAUUUUCGAAGAGCUACCUUGAGAAAGGCCAUUCGCGCCCUAUUGCCUCAGCUACAACGGGUGCAUGGCCUGUUGACUUAUGGCGCCAGUUAUGAAAAAUUAUUUGUGAAACCCAUAGAACUCCUAAUAGUGUAAACCCACAUGUGUAGUGUACCGUAUUCUCACUUAACGUGUAUUGAUUUCUCUAGUUAAUCCGUAUAAUCCUAUUGAAAUGUUAAAAUAUCUUGUGGCGCUUAAAUUGUAUCCCGCUUUGUGUUGCUUCAAUAAAUGCUAUUUCCUUCUA